AUGCCUCCACAGCUUGGUGGACCAACUGCAGCCGAUCUAACCGCAAGUCACUUCAGACCACCCAAAACAAGGCCCUCCGAUCCAUCACCCGGCAACCAGGUGAAGGACGUGGCAGCAGAGUGGUUUAGUGCGAAGAACAUCACCAAGGGCGACAAGAAGAAGAAGCGCAGGAGGAAGGAGAGUUACGCCAUCUAUAUCUACAAGGUACUGAAAACAGGUCCACCCGACACCGGCGUCUCCAGCAAGGCCAUGUCCAUCAUGAACAGCUUCGUGAACGACAUAUUCGAGCGCAUAGCCGCCGAAGCGUCCCGCCUGGCCCACUACAACAAGCGGUCGACCAUCACGUCGCGGGAGAUCCAGACCGCCGUCAGGCUCCUGUUGCCCGGCGAGUUGGCCAAGCACGCCGUGAGCGAGGGUACCAAGGCAGUGACCAAGUACACCAGCUCCAAGUAAGCCGGCCGGCCAGCGCCGCAACGAGCGAGCCCGCUCCGCACAAACGGCCUUUCUAAAGGCCACCAAUAACUCGUUCGUUUUCGCUUAUUUUACCGCUUAUAGUUGUAAAACCGAUGAUAACCUGGUUGUUUCAAGU